AAUGAAUAGCUAAAAAAUGUUUUUGUUUAUUUUCUGAUAUCCCUACUCUGGUAAACUGUGAAACCUUCUUAAUUUGUUGACCCUUCGUGCUACGUGCACAAAUAUUUUAAACGGGCAAAAAUAUCAGAAAAAUAGGAAUGUCGGGAAAACAAACUUAUUUAUUCUGAAAUUAGUUUUCCGCUUCAGUGAGUCGAAACAAUUCUUACGAAAAUUGCCACCGAAAAUGAUUGACGCUUCCACCUGCUUGUCUCUUGAAUAGGUUCAUUUACACUGAAAAAUGUUCUUCAAAAUGAUUCCACAAUCAUAUUAGUGCAAAAAAGCUAAUGGUACCCCCAUAUUAUUCAGCGUAACUGGACUUUACUCAAAUUAAUAAUAUAAAAAGGAAUCAACCACAAAAAAGUUCAUUGUUUCUUUGCGACUCAGCCAAAAUGCUCAUCUUUGUUCUUCUGAACUUCUUGAAAAUACAUUAUAGCGUUAAUGGUUUUGCUAUAGAGACACUAAAUAAUUAUUUGAACCAUGAAUCACUACCCUUUAAUUUAGAAAAUGGUGAUAAUUUACAACUACCAAAUUAUGAAGUGGUUUAUUUACCAACCAUAUUAGAGGUAGAAGCUGAGAACUACAAAAUAGAUGACAUUGAUAAAGAAACUAUCGAUUAUGAGUUUUCUGCUUUCGAACAGCCUAUUUCUCUCAAACUGAAACGAAAUGAGAAACUAUUGUCUCGCAAUUUCAAAACUUAUAUAAAAAAUGGCAGUAUCGAUGAAGGUGUACUCAACAGUUAUUCUAAAAACUGUCAUUAUCUACACAAAGACGAUAGUUCAAUUGCAGCUAUUAGCAUUUGUCAACCCCAAUCCAUUCAAGGAAUCAUCAUCUUGAAUAAUGAAACAUUUGAGAUCCACCCACUUUCAGAAAGAUUACAAAACCUAGUGAAACUUCGAGAACCGCUUCUCGAUGUAAGUAAUAACUAUGACACUGAUGGAAGAAUUCCACAUCUCAUAAAGAGGGCAACACUUUCCUCUAAUGGCCAUCUUGAUGACAUUUUUCCUAUACCAGAAAGUGUGAGGUUUAUAAAUGAUCACUUAAUAGAUAAUAUAAAACAAAAUUCAAAUACAAAAGAGGCUGUGAAUACUAGACCAACUGGAGGCUUAACGCUUGAAGUGGCAUUGUUUUUUGAUGAAACUGCAUAUAAAAUUUUUGCACCAAUGAUGGAUUACGAUAUCAAUAAGCUGCAAGAUAUGAUUUUGGCAUACCUCAAUGGCGUGCAAGCUCUAUAUCAUCAGCCUAGUUUAGGUAGUCCUCUAGAAAUAACGCUAAUAAGACUCGACAUAAUGAAAAAACAGCCUUCUAAAAUGUACCAUCAUUAUGGAGAAAGAUCAAAAUUGCUUGAUUCAUUCUGUGAAUACCAAAAUAGUCUGAAUCCAGGUUCGGACUCGGACCCAGAUCAUUGGGAUAUGGCACUUUAUAUUUCAGGAUUAGAUUUUUAUGCCAUGGAAAAUGGUAAAAAAAAUGGAGCAACAAUGGGUUUAGCAACUGUUGGAGGAGUGUGUCAUCCAAAAUAUGCUUGUAUAAUUGCUGAACUAGGAACUACCAAUAUUUUUGGAAAGCCGUAUCCAAGUGCAGGAUUUAACAGCGUUUAUAUUUUAGCUCAUGAAAUAGGACAUAAUCUAGGUAUGCAUCACGAUAGUAUGGGAAAUUCAUGCCCUAAAGAAGGUUAUAUCAUGUCACCUUCGAGAGGUACUAACGGUGAAACUCAGUGGUCCUCGUGCAGCGCUAAAAUUAUGUCAAAAUUGAGUUGGGCCACAUGCUUGAGAGAUGGUGGAAAAUAUUCUAAACACCUAGAUCAUGGAAAAUUUCUUGAGCAGCCAGGACAUAAAUAUACAGCUAAGCAGCAAUGUGAAAUUUUACUCAGAGAUAAAGAUGCUGUUGUCUCUCCUAAUCAAAAUAUCACAAAUAUUUGCUACAAUUUACAAUGCAAAACACCUCAUAGAAGUGGAUAUUAUUUUGCCGGACCAGCACUUGAUGGUACAAAUUGUGGAAAAAAAAAGAUUUGUCUUGGUGGAGAGUGUCUAAGUAGAAGUCUACCAGUACCAAUUCAAGUAAUUCCAGGUGGAUGGAGUACCUGGAAGGAAGGAAAAUGUAAAUCUUCCUGCAUUGAAAAAUCCAUAGGCUAUACAUCCAAACGAAGAAUUUGCAACAAUCCUCCUCCAAUGAACACUGACCUUGGUUGCGAAGGUUCCAGCAUUGAGUUCGCUACAUGUAGGGACGACAAAAUAUGCGACACCAGAAUAAGUGCAGUUCAAUAUGCUUCUAGAAAAUGCAGGGAGUUUUCAAGAGUGUUGUCUGAUUUAGAUCCUGAAGGAAUUGGUCUACAAGCUCCCCAUGAAGAAGAAAGAUUAUGGAUGGGAUGUACAAUUUUUUGCAAAAGAAGCGGUUCUGGUAACUUUUAUUCUCCCAGAAUAGAGUUGAACGAUUUAGGCAUUUCUGCCUAUCUUCCUGAUGGUACAUUAUGUCAUAGGAAAAACAAUCAAAACUAUUAUUGCAUGCAUCAUCAUUGUUUGCCUGAGAAUUUCGAGUUUGCGAAAUCUGCCUCAUUCGUAUUUGGAUUAGGAAACGAUGUUCCUUUUUCUCAAAAUGCACAUCCAAAUAAAGUUGUUCCACCUGAAAUUGAAGGUUAUUUCUCAGUAGAUUCGAAUGGAAACCCUUUAAUGGUCAGUUUGGGUUCUACAAAAUUAAGGAAUGAAGAUUGGGAGAGUAAUGACUAUAUAGAAAUUCCUGAGCUGACGCAAAGGCUUAUAUGAAUUGAAUUGUGACAUAAUUGAUUUGAAAAGAAAUUUUACCAAG